AUGUCGCUCAGCAGCCCAGCGGGCCCAAUGAACCCAGAAGACACCGAAAACAAUGAAGAGAUCGAAAAGCAGUUCGCAGUCAAAGCCGUCGAACAGAUGUCAGUCUACUGGGCAGUCCUAGAGAAAAUCAAAGGCUCCCAACUCCGCCUGACCAAAUACGACGACGAAAUCCUCGCGCACUUCAACCGCGAAUUCCCCGACUUCGACCUGCACGGCACCAUCGACGAGGACGAGAUGAAAUCCAAAGCCGGCAAGGAGAAGUGGCGGACGUUCAUUCAGGAAUAUGAGAAGAAGGUGGAGGAUUAUAACUUUGGGACGUUGGUCAGGAAGAAUGCCGGCUGGGAGUAUGGGGAGAAGGAGACGAUUUUUGCGGUCAGGAUGCAGUUUUAUGCGAUUGAGAUUGCGAGGAAUCGGGCCGGGUUGAAUGAUUGGGUGUAUGAGAAGGCGCAGGGUGGGAAGAGUGAGGCGUAA